AUGACCGUGGGGUGGAAACUGGCCUCCACAGGGUGGAUCACAGUGAACUCGGACGGGUCGCUCCUGCGACGGUCUGGGUCAACCACGGCAGGAGGAGCGCUUAGAGACUGGCAGGGUCAUUUGUUGGGGGCCUAUACGAUGAACCUGGGAAGAUGUUUCAUUACCCGGGCCGAGAUUUGGGGGGCACUAAAGGGCCUGAAGCUAGCAUGGGAGGCAUGUCAUCGCCAGGUGGAGCUGCAACUGGAUUCCAAGACUGCACUCGCGCUGCUUCUUCACUCUGGCCGACAUAGCCAUCAACACGCCAACCUUGCCAUCCGCUUUCAGAACAUGCUGCGCAGAGAGUGGUAUGUUCGGGUCACUCACCUGGAACCCAUUUGA